AUGGUCAAGGGAAAGCGCGCAGCAUCAUCCGAGGGGGAAGCAGAGGACAAGAAGCCCGACAUCACCUCUGAACCACAAAAGAAGAAACCCAGACCUUCUACCGAUAACGCGGAAUCAGGCGGGGAAGCAGUCGAGAUCGAAGAGACCGCUGAAGGGGAUCCAUUCUUCAAGCUCUCCGACUACCGUCGAGUCACUGUCCGCACAUUCAAAGGCAAGACCCUGAUCGACAUCCGUGAGACGUACAAGGACAAGGCAUCGGGAGAGAUGAAGCCUGGCUCCAAGGGGAUCAGCUUGACGGCAGAGCAGGCAAUUCUGAAGAGCAACAUCGGAAGUAUCGACCAAAUGAUCAGCAAAGUGGAGAAGAAAUAA